AACGCAAAUUGCACUUUAGUAGAAAAAAGAAUGGGUGCCCAACUUAUUUAUUUCCCUUUUUACAUUGGUAACCCUAUUUGGGCCAACAGCAGGUAACUCCACCACCAUAAGUCUACCAGCCGAAAUCCCCAAUUCAAACUCCGAUCUAUCUCCGUGAAAGUGAUUUUAGACGCCUCAGCAUGGCUACAAGACAGUUUGUUAGAUCUGUAUCCCGUAGGUUCUCAACCGGUGGUAAAGUACUUGGUGAGGAGGAGAAGGCUGCAGAAAAUGUCUACAUCAAGAAAACUGAGCGUGAAAAGUUGGAGAAGCUUGCAAACAAGGGUCCAAAACCGGAAGAGACACCCGCUGUAAAUGUCAGUGAGGCAAAAGCAAGUGAGCCCAUUACUCCACCAAAAGGAGUAUCAAGUGAUAUCCACAGGAAUUAUGCUGUUGUAGCGGGUGCGGUAACUGGUCUUAGUGCUUUUGGAUGGUACUAUCUGUCCAAAGACAAGAAGACCGAAGAGCCUCUAGAUUGAAGAUCCCGUAUCAAGUUCAACGUUCUGAAAAAUAAGAAUGACAUGAUUCUGUAAUCCAUACUGGACUGGAUACACAAUGGCAGAUUGUUUUUUUGUAUUACAAGAGUUGAUCAAGCGGACUAUGAAGACCGUAAUUUGUGUCGUGAUUUAUGUUUUGUAGCCAUAUUCUGUUGACUUGUGCGGGUUGGGUAGGUUCAACGGUGUUUGUUAAGGAUUUUUAUUAUUUCA